UAUCGCAACCCCCAAAAAGAAAACACCAUUCACUCCUUCACUCGUUCAGUAUUCAUAAAUGUUGACGGAUUAUAAAUAGUGUUAGUGAUUUGUUUAGUUUCUCACUAACAACAAUUCCUACUAUCCCGUGAAAAACAAUCUACUCCUACAAUUAAUUACUAAAUUGGGAUUGCAAAUUAAUUUUAUCAAAGAAGAAUUGGAUUAAUUGAAAAUGGCGGGCAGAAAAGAUGAAGAAUCCCAGCAAGAAGAUAAUGGGGUUGAUGUAUCGGCUUCGCCUGCUAUUUUCCAAUUUCCAAAUGCCGAGAAGUUAGAUGUCGACGAUGAUGGCAAGCAUAGAAGAACGGGGACGGCAUGGACAGCAAGUGCACAUAUUAUUACAACAAUCAUAGGUUCAGGAGUUCUUUCACUAGCUUGGGCCACGGCGCAGCUUGGAUGGUUGGGAGCAAUCGCGACAAUUCUAAUAUUUUCCAGCACCAUGCUUUUUACUUCAAACCUCCUUGCAGAUUGUUACCGCUCCCCUCAUCCGGUCACCGGAAAGAGAAACUACACCUACAUGGAGGCGGUCCAAGCCAAUUUAGGUAGGGUGAGUUGCAUUACUUGUGGGAUAUUACAGUACACCAAUCUUGGUGGUUUUGCAGUUGGUUACACAAUAACUGCACCAAUUAGCAUGAUAGCGUUCCAAAAAUCCAACUGCUUCCACAAAAAAGGACAUGAUGCAUCUUGCAAGUUCAGCAAUAACCCUUACAUGAUUGGUUUCGGAAUCUGCGAAAUCAUUUUGUCUCAAAUACCCAGUUUGCAUGAGCUAACAUGGUCAUCAACUAUUGCUGCAAUUAUGUCUUUCGCUUAUUCAUCAAUUGGUAUUGCACUUUCAAUUGCUAGGAUUAUUGCAGGGAAAGGAGGGAAGACAACUCUAACAGGAGUAGAGAUAGGCGUAGGUUUUACCGCGGCUGAUAAAACAUGGAAGGUGUUGACAGCACUUGGAGAUAUUGCAUUUGCUUAUCUCAUUUCUCAAGUCCUCAUCGAUAUACAGGAUACUUUAAAGUCAAGUCCACCAGAAAAUAAGGUAAUGAAGAAGGCGAACGCAAUAUCAAUGUUAACAACCACAAUUUUCUACUUAAUGUGCGGCUGCUUUGGCUAUGCUGCAUUUGGGAAUGAUGCACCAGGCAACAUGUUAACCGGGUUCGGCUUUUACGAACCCUUCUGGUUAGUAGACUUAGCCAACAUCUUCAUCGUCAUUCAUUUAGUAGGAGCAUUCCAGAUACUUGCUCAACCUGUCUAUAAGAAGAUCGAAUCAUUAUCCAUCUCGAAAUGGCCGAACUCAGCGUUCGUAAAAGCAGAGUAUCCCAUUAAAAUAGGCAGCAAAACUUUGAUAAGCCUAAAUCCUCUAAGACUAACUGGAAGAACCACAUUUGUGAUUCUGGUAACCGUAUUGGCAAUGGCAAUGCCCUUCUUCAACGACGUUAUUGCCUUGUUAGGAGCAGUCGGGUUUUGGCCAUUAUCCAUAUAUUUCCCAAUCCAGAUGUAUAUUGCUCAAAACAGGAUCAAACGAUGGUCAUUCAAGUGGUUAAUGCUCCAACUUUUUAACUUGUUGUUUUUGCUUGUUUCGAUAGCUGCUGGUGCUGCUUCUAUACAAGGUAUUAGUCAUGGUCUUCAUACAUCAAAGCCCUUCCAAUUCAAAGUAUAACGAAAUUGUUUGAUCAUCUUAUUUCAGGUUUAGGCAGUGCAAUGUACGUUUUGUAUGUAUAGUUUAUCUACUAGUUUGUAGUUAAGUCUUGUGUGCAGGAUGCUUAGAAACAAUUUUAUUAAGAAAAGUAAGUGUUUUUCCCCUA